AUGAUGUUCACCGUUGUGGUGCCAGUCUUUCUCGCCAUGGGUUUCAGUCAGUCCUUCUUUGGUGGAGUGGUAUCUUACCCGUCGUUCUAUGACCUCUUCCCCAAAGUCAACACUUCGACUACAAAGGGAGAUAUCAAAGAACACAAUUCUUUGAUUCAAGGAACAGUCAACGCAUGUCUUAAUUUAGGAGCAGUCGCAGGAUGUCUGUCCUGUAUGUACGUCGGUAACAAGCUUGGUCGUCGUAAGACCACGGUUCUCGGUAACAUAAUCGCGGUUGUUGGUACCAUUCUCCAUGCAACUGCUUUCAGUUUCGCUCAAUUGAUCGUCUCCCGGCUCAUCCUGGGGUAUGGCAUUGGUAUGGCAUCCAGUACCGUGCCAGCCUGGCAAACUGAAACAAGUAGGACACACAAACGAGGCCAUCAUGUCAUCGCCGAUGGAAUCACCAUUGGUUUCGGUAUCGCGUUAGCUUCCUGGGCUACCUUUGGCUUUUCUCAUGUAACUGGAACAUCCUCCUGGCAAUGGCGAGUACCGGCCAUCACUCCAGGAAUUAUGUGUGUCAUCGCCGGUUUUGCUGCCACGCUUUUCCCCGAAUCGCCUAGAUGGCUUGCCUUGACCGGAGAUUACGCCAAGUCUCGUGACGUUCUGGCUGUAGUAUAUGAUGAGGAGAUCGACUCUGUCCAUGUCGCCCAAGUGCUCGAAAACAUCCAGCAUGCCAACGAGGAAGCAGCGGAAGGCGCAUCAUUCUUCUCUAUCUUCAAAAUGGGCAAAGAAAAGGUCUUAUACCGACUCUUGCUCGCUUGCUCUGUCCAGUGGUACUCUCAAAUGGCUGGUUCUGGUCUGAUCACAUACUACUCGAACCAAUUGUUUGCCAACAUUGGACUGGACAGUCAAACGUCCAAAAUCAUGGCGGCCUGUGUCCUCACUUUCAAAGCCGCCUGUGCAUUCAUUCCCUUCGCAACCAUUGAGCUUGCAGGAAGAAGGAAAUUAUUCUUAAUCUCUGGCGCAGGCAUGGCGGUUUGUAUGUUCGCUCUCGCUGCAUCCGCCUCUCAAGUACCCAAAACUGUUCAUGCAGGUUACGCCGGUAUUGUUUUCGCCUUUCUAUACGUGUUUUUCUAUCCUAUCGGUUUCCUAGGAGUCAACUGGCUUUUCUGUCAAGAGAUCAUUACUACACGGUACCGUGCUCCUGUGGCUGGUGUAUCUACGGCUGUUCAUUGGUUGACCUCCUUCGCUGUGUCUCUUACCACUCCUCUUGGUUUCACUUCCCUUGGCUGGAAAUACUACCUCAUCUGGGGUGCUUCAGCUACUAGCAUUCUCUUCGUUGUCUACUUCUUCUAUCCCGAAACGACUGAUAUGUCCGUCGAGGAAAUCGAUCAGAUCUUUAUCGAUUCGACCGGCGUCUUCGCUACUCCUAGACUCGCAACUCAACGAAGGAAGGCAGCAAUUGCCAGAAGAGCCAAUAGUACCGGUGUUGUAGAACACUUUGGCUCGGACCAUAAGGUUGAAAUAGAGGAGCGGGAAGUUGCUUAG